UUUAAAAAAAAAGGAAGAAGUGUUUUUGGCCAAUCGUCGUUGGGACUGUCAGUCGACUUCCUUUUCCUCACAGCGCUAACGUUGGCGUGCAAUUUGUUCAUGCUUCGAAAAAUUGACGAACGGCGGAAGAUAACGUAACUGAGCCAUGGCUUCCCGAGCAGGACCACGAGCGACGGGCACGGACGGCAGUGACUUUGAACACAGAGAGCGAGUGGCCUCACACUACCAGAUGAGCGUGGCCCUGAAGUCCGAAAUCCGCAAACUCAACAUCGUCCACUUGUUGAUCUGGCUGCUGAUGGCAGCUCAGGUGACAGUGAGCCAGCUGAGUCUGGUGUCCCACAAAACUAUCGCCUCGCCGUACCAGUGGGAGUACCCGUACCUCCUCAGUCUUAUUCCCACCACCUUUAGCUUCAUGGCUUUGCCACGAAACAACAUCAGCUACCUGGUCAUCUCCAUGAUCAGCAACGGGCUUUUCUCUGUGGCUCCGCUCAUCUAUGGCAGCAUGGAGAUGUUUCCCAUCGCUCAGCAGCUCUAUCGACACGGCAAAGCCUACCGGUUUAUUUUUGGCUUCUCGGCGGUGAUGGUCAUGUAUUUGGUGAUCGUCAUUUCCGUGCAGGUGCACGCUUGGCAAAUCUACUACAGCAAGAGGCUGCUGGACCAGUGGUUUACCAGCACGCAGGAGAAGAAGAAGAAAUAAAAUCACACGGAACAUGCCGGCAUUGUCUGCGUGACUUUGGGCAAACAGAAUGAGAUGACAGAUUUGUGUCUGUCCAAAAAUGAACUGCAGCAACAGGGAAAAAAAAAUGGAAUGAUUGGUUGGGAGACUGAUGCAGCCCAAUCUCUGAGGCAAGACUCUGCAAAAAGUUGGCCAAUAGCUUUUUCUGCCUUUGUACUGUUCUAUUUGAAUUGUUUUCAUCCAAAUGGGAAUUCCCUGAAGUCUUCUACCAUCAGUGCAUACUGUACAUGAAAGCUUCUGGCAUUUCACAAUUAAACUGUUCAAAGCA